CACUAAAAGGGAAGGACUGGAGAGGAGAGGUGUGUGUUGGUGACCUGUUCCUCUCAGCUAACAUGUGUGCCUGGAGUCCUUGCCAAGCCCUCUCGUAGCGCGCGGGCUGAGACCCCCCACCCCCCUGACUCUUGGUGCCCGCUGAUGUCAGGACACGGAGGGGCGGGCACUGCCGGUGUGUGCCUGCACUCUCCUCCAUCUACCUUCUGAUCAGUUAGGGGCAAACUUCCUCUCCUCUCAGACUGUGUGCUUCUCCUCUGCUGCGCACCAGUUAAUGAGGAUUAAUGCGUCACCGCUGGAUCCUUUUGUUGCCGCUAAUGUUCCUCUGAAGCCAGAUGCGUGACACGGUGACAGUGUGGAGCUCAUUAAGCUGAUGUGUCCUGGUGGAGACUGAAGAGUGCCAACUUCUGCUCUACUGACACGGGAACUACAUGACUAGUUCUGCUUCAGUGCAAACGGUGAUGUCCUGCGGGAGGACCGGGCCGUCCGCGGGCCCCAAGGCCCUGGCCUUCUCCAUCGACCGAAUCAUGUCCAAGAGCUCGGAGCCGAGGAGGGGCAUGGAUGAUCCGACUGAUGGGAAGACGCUGCUCGGACUCUGCUCCCCGAUCCCCUGCAUGAUCCCCCUGCAGCCCUUCAGCUACGACCUCCAGGCCAAGGCGCUGAUGAACUACUCGGAGCUGUGGAGAGCCAGCUUCAGGGGGAGCUUGUGCGGCUCUGGGAUCGCUCCGUGCAAAGGAAGCUGCGGUCUGUGCGCAAAGGCGGAAUCGAGUUUGAAGCAGCCGCUGUCGACGGCGGGAAGCAGGGUGGUGAAACCGCAGGUCAUCCAUCAGGCCGUGGCCGUGCCCGGCUGCGGCUCUCUCUACUAUCUCAACUACCUGGACUCUGCAUACCAGCAGUCGGAGCUGCUGGCCGGACACUGGUUCGCCGCUCCGCAGGCCCAGGACUCUCUGUCAGCGCACCACAGGCUCCUGCUGCUGGAGAACGCAAAACUGGCCGCUGUGGGCUCCGAGAAGCUGCCCACCCCCCAGUACCCCCACAAGGAGCACCUACCGGGUCAGCUAGACCAGAUAGUGAAGGAGAACCACGGCCUGUCCGCUGAGAAGAACGGAGUCAAGACGCACAGCAAAGUGAGCGGCGGAGACGGCAAACAUAAAAACUUCACCUGUGAAGUCUGCGGGAAGGUUUUUAACGCGCACUACAACCUGACCAGACACAUGCCGGUGCACACCGGAGCCCGGCCCUUCGUGUGCAAGGUGUGCGGGAAGGGCUUCCGACAGGCCAGCACGCUGUGCCGGCACAAGAUCAUCCACACGCAGGAGAAACCUCACAAAUGUAACCAGUGCGGGAAAGCCUUCAACAGGAGCUCCACGCUUAACACGCACAUUCGGAUCCACGCCGGAUAUAAACCCUUUGUGUGCGAGUUCUGCGGGAAAGGUUUCCACCAGAAAGGGAACUACAAGAACCACAAGCUGACGCACAGCGGGGAGAAGCAGUACAAGUGCUCCAUCUGCAACAAGGCCUUCCACCAGAUCUACAACCUGACGUUUCACAUGCACACGCACAACGACAAGAAGCCCUUCACCUGCGCCACGUGCGGGAAAGGCUUCUGUCGUAACUUUGACCUGAAGAAACACAUCCGGAAGUUGCACGACGGCAGCUUUUCCUCAGCAGCAUCAGAGACGUGCAGGGAGCCGCAGAGCUGAGCCGGUUCGGCUGGUUCUGGUGGGUUCGGCAUCAGGUGCGGUGAGUCUUGGGAUCCUGCUGCUCCAGCAGAGACCAGAACCAGAACUUUAAGGAGCAGGCCCAGCGGAAGUGUUGAUAACCGGUUAUUUAAGUUGCCAUCAUGUGUAUUUUACAGAAAGUUCAUGUGCAUAAAUAAUUUAACAUGUGAAUAAAAGCGCAUCUUUAGUCGUACUGACUCGUUUUUGACCCGUUCAGUCAUAAAAGUUCUGAUGGAGCUCUGCA